UGUCACCAGGCCUCUCCCUGGCAGGACCCAGCCCGCGAGAUCCGCAGGGUCAUGGAGUUCCUGGAGGUGGAGCUGCAGCCGGAGGCCCUGGCACGGAUCGUCCGGCACACGUCCUUCCAGGCCAUGAAGGAGAACCCCAUGGCCAACUACAGCACCCUCCCCAGCGCCAUCUUCGACCAGAGCAUCAGCCCCUUCAUGCGCAAGGGCGAGGUGGGUGACUGGAAGAACCACUUCACGGUGGCGCAAAGCGAGGCCUUCGACACCCAUUACCAGCUCCGCAUGCAGGGGACCGGCUUGCACUUCC